AUGGGUCAAAUACUGUCGAAUCCGGUUAUCGACAAGGAGCACCACUCUGGUGAGGACCGUUUGACCGCCUUUGGGCUAUGCGCGAUGCAGGGUUGGCGUAUGUCGAUGGAAGACGCACAUGUGGUUCAACCAAACGUGUUGAAUGCGUCGGAUAAAGACCAUAUUGCGUUAUAUAGUAUAUUUGAUGGUCAUGGCGGUGCCAGUGUGGCGCAAUACUGUGGUGAGAAAAUUCCGUCUAUUUUGCAGAGACAGAAAUCUUUCAAAAGUGGGAAUCUGAGCCAGGCUUUGAUCGAUACGUAUCUGCAGACAGAUGAAGAUCUUCUGAAGGAUCCUGUAUUGCGAAACGAUUACAGCGGAUGCACAGCCACUUCGAUUUUGGUGUCUAAGCUGCAGAAGAAAUUGGUCUGUGGUAACUCUGGCGACAGUAGAACUGUUAUAUCGGUGAAGGGCAGGGCUAAGGCGCUUUCGUACGAUCACAAGCCUACUUUGGCAAGCGAGAGAUCGCGAAUUAUCGCUGCAAAGGGUUUUGUCGAAAUGGGUCGUGUGAAUGGUAACUUGGCACUGUCUCGUGCGAUUGGUGAUUUUGAGUUCAAGUCCAACUCGGAGUUGGCGCCCCACGAGCAGAUAGUUACUGCGGUCCCGGACAUUAUAGAGCAUGAAUUGAACUACGAUGAUGAUGAGUUCGUCGUGUUGGCUUGCGAUGGUAUAUGGGAUUGUUUAUCGUCUCAGGAUUGUGUUGAUUUGGUUCACUACGGUAUUUCCAAGGGCGACAUGACGCUGAACGACAUCUCCUCGAGAAUUAUUGACGUUUGCUGCUCCCCAACAACAGAAGGUACUGGUAUUGGUUGUGAUAAUAUGAGUAUCUCGGUUGUGGCUUUGCUGAAGGAUGGCGAGACAGUGGGACAAUGGUUUGAACGUAUAAGAGCCAAGAACUACAACAUCGAAGUCUCCUUUGAGAAGAGAAGAAGACAAGUGUUCACCUACUACCACUUUCCGAAGGAUGAUGCCAGUAUUUUUGAAGUGACAACGAAACAUCCGCAGGAUCGCUUUUCGCAGGAGAACUCUGCUCAAAACCUGAGAAGCGCCGGGGGAAGUGGAAACAACAACGAUCAUGAUAACAUGGAAAUUGACGAUACUGACACAGAUUCUGAUGCAGUUACGAGCAAUAUAAACAGACGCGGCCCCCAGCAGGCCGGUAGUAGCGCUAACGGCCCAGUGGACCUUUUCUCCCUGGAGGCUCUACUGGGGGCAGGCGGUAUACAGAUAAGUCAAGGGCCGAAUAACGUCUCCUAUAUUCACGGAUCGGCCUUGACUGACAUGCUAGCCUCAUUGAGCAACGCAGCAGCUGGUGAGAUGGUCCCUGAAGAGGAUGAGGACAAAGAUCCGCAAGAUUCCGCCAAGAACGACAAAAAGAUCGAAGAAAUUUGA